GUACCAGGUCGGCUCUGCAGGGCGUUCUCGCAGAUCUGCCUGCGCUGGAAAUGCUAACAUUCUGGUGACCCCAGACCUCGGGCUGCGCUGGAAAUGCUAACAUUCUGGUGACCCCAGACCUCAGGCAUUCAUUUUGAUUCCUGUUUCAAUGGCGUCAAACCAUUAUUUUCUUGGCCGUGGGUGUUGGGGGCAUCCCUUCCCUGAAAUUUUACACACCAGUCGACAUUUGGCAUCUUCAACCAGAGGGACUCACGUGAAAAACUGUCCCAUCUCGACAGAACAACAAAGCGUGAGGGAAGCGGAAGUAGCUGCCCUUUCCAGCUCUCGGUGGCAGGCAGGCAGCCACAUCCUUCCGAGGUGGGGGCUUUAAGCUGCUCGGGACUUGGGGACAACUGUACUGCCACACAGGAAGUGACCUCUGCAUCGGCCUCUGGGUGGUGACCUCAUGUAUGUGGCAUCUGGUGACUUCCGGGAGCGAGCACUGGACUCAGAGUCCCCAAGCCCUGGUGGCCGGCUGCCAGACCCCAGCGCCCCCCCAGCCUCAGCCAUGAGCCUCUGGAGGAAGAACCACCUUGGCACCAGCAGCUCCAAGCCCCUCAAUGUCAUCAUCAUCGGCAAUGGGCCCUCGGGCAUCUGCUUGUCCUACCUGCUCUCGGGCUACACCCCCUACGCCAGGCCUGACACCAUCCACCCACACCCGUUGCUGCAGAGAAAGCUGGCUGAGGCGCCCGGCGUCUCCAUCCUAGACCAGGACCUGGAUUACCUGUCAGAAGGACUGGAAGGCCGCUGCCAAAGCCCCGUGGCCCUGCUCUUCGACACCCUCCUGCGCCCGGACACAGACUUUGGGGGCACCAUGGAGUCUGUGCUCACCUGGAAGUUCCAGAAGGAGCGGGCCAUCCCACAUGUGGUCCUGGGCCGGAACCUGCCUGGGGGAGCCUGGCAUAAUAUUGAAGGCUCCAUGGUGACCCUGAGCCAAGGCCAGUGGAUGGGGCUCCCUGACCUGCAGGUCAAGGACUGGAUGUGCAACAAGAGAAGAGGCCUUCGAAACAGCCGGGCUACCGCCGGCGACAUCGCGCACUACUACAGGGACUACGUGACCAAGAAGGGCCUGGACGGCAACUUCAUGCCGGGCACUGUGGUGACAGCGGUGGAGUGGAGGACGCCUGAGCCCGGCGGCUCCGGAGCCCAGGACUCCGGUCCCCUCUUCCAUGUGCGGGGCUUCCUGACCACCGAGGACCAGAGCCACGAGCCCUUCUCCCUGUACGCCCGCAACGUGGUCCUGGCCACAGGCACGUCUGACAGCCCGGCCCGGCUGGGCAUCCCUGGAGAGGCCCUGCCCUUCGUCCACCACGAGCUGUCGGCCCUGGAGGCGGCCAGGCGGGUGGGCACUGUGACCCCAACUUCAGACCCCGUGCUCAUCGUGGGCGCGGGGCUGUCGGCAGCCGACGCGGUCCUCUACGCCCGCCACUACAACCUCCCCGUCAUCCACGCCUUCCGCCGGCCCGUGGACGACCCCGGCCUGGUGUUCAACCAGCUGCCCAAGAUGCUGUACCCCGAGUACCACAAGGUGCACCAGAUGAUGCGCGAGCAGUCCAUCCUGUCACCCAGCCCCUACGAGGGCUACCGCAGCCUCCCCGAGCACAGGCUGCUGCUCUGCCGGGAGGACGGCCAGGCCGUGUUCUGCAACCCCCAGGGCCUCCGGAAGGGCUUCUGCGUCUCUCUGGUGCUGGUCCUCAUCGGCUCCCACCCCGACCUCUCCUUCCUCCCGGGGGCCGGUGCCCACCUGGCCCUGGACCCUGACCAGCCUCUGAGUGCCAAGAGGAACCCCGUUGACGUGCACCCCUUUACCUACCAGAGCACCCAGCAGGAGGGCCUGUAUGCCAUGGGGCCGCUGGCUGGGGACAACUUCGUGCGGUUCGUGCAGGGCGGUGCCCUGGCCGUGGCCAGCUCCCUGCAACAGAAGGAGGCCCAGAGGCCGCCCUAGCC